CUUAUUCAUCGUGUUUUUUAAUCAUUAUUUCUCAGGGAUUUUAAGUUUCGCAGUUUUUAUUGUUCAUUUAUGUUACUUGUUGAAUUUCUCCACAAAGGCUCCACAGGGUGUCCUAAUUUUUCCACGUGGCUGGAUCAGAUUUCAUGACGGAGUUUUUCUCCUGCCAAAGUCAGCAGACAUGCAUCUGAUGAAGUCUGCUGAUGAGCUCUUGACAAAGUGACAAAAAGCGGUUUUUCACAUUGAAAAGGAGGAACCGGCGGGUUGAAGGCUUUCCACCGAGCACAUUAUCAGCCCGGGCUGAACGUAAAAAUGCCUUCUGCUCUUCCUGGGACGGACGUGUGGUGAAGCGGUGCUCGGCUCCUGGAGCGGCUCUCCCAGGGUUCUCCUCAGCCCGCCCCCUUCCUCCGCGCCGCGCCGCGCCGCGCCGCGCCGCAGACCCGGGCUCUCCAGCGGGACAGACGCACAGCUCCGGCGCCUCGCUCCGACCACCCGGACCUUUCAGCGGGACACACAUCCAGCCUGGACCCCCUUUUUAUUUGAUUCGGGUCUUUCUGAUCCAGGAGCGUGAAGCCGUGACCUGCAGGACCACGGCGGACGCCAACAGGCUCCGUCCAGAGGGAUGAUGGGAGAGACGGAGGAUUAGGGGUUAAUCCAGGAUGGCUCCAUAGUGCGACCACAGCGCCCUUCAUCUGGACACGGAGCCGUUUCUGAGCUGCUCUGGACAAAACCUAAAGCCUGGAGCGAUCCGUGGAGCCUGGCCGUUCUCUAUUAGGACCGACCGCACCGCGUUCUCCUCGCUUUCUGCCUCUUUCAUUUGCUCAGCGAUGCAAAACCUCAAGCCACAAAGUGUGGGACAGAUUCUGGGUUGUACAUAAUAAACAGAGAUCAUAAUCCAGCCAGCAGUUUGCUCCUGCAGACCUGGACCGGUCUUCUGAUCUUGGAAAAAAAAAGAAAACAACCUUUGCAAGUUUUUCUUUCCAGGCCCAAAGUUUGGAUCCCUGCAGAAGCCAAACUUGUUUUUCCCUUUUACCUUCAGUUGGGAUUAUAGACAAACCUCAGAGACGUUUGGUGAAUAAAAGUCAGUCCCGGCCUUGUGAUCAUGAAUCUUCAGGAGAAGCUGACCGGCCUCAAAGGUCUGGUCUCCCACUCCCACAGCAGGCGCCGUCACAAAGGGGACCUCACGGUGGACAUGAUCAGCCCCCCUCUGGGAGACUUCCGCCACACCAUGCACGUUGGACGCGGCGGCGACGUCUUCGGGGACACCUCCUUCCUGAGCAACCACGGCGGGACGGCCAACGGGAACAACGGCGAGACGGACUCCGUCUCCUCGCCCGACAACAAGAUCGGCGCCUUCUUCUCCAGGACGCUGCGGCACAUCAGGCGGGGCUCCGACAACCGGCCCCGAGAGGGAGCGAAGGACCUGUCCCCGCCGCCUCCGGCCGUCUCUCCCAUCAUCAAGAACGCCGUCUCCCUCCCCCGGCUGGACGUGGACAUGUCCAACGGGAGUCCCACCACCAAGGUGCUCUUCCCCAGUUCCACGCCAGACGAGCGGCAGAGCUCUUACGGUCUGGAGUCUGGGUUUGUGACGCUGCCCCGUCUGUCUCGGUCAGAGCGCCAGCAGCCGUCCGUCUCCUCCCCCCCCUCCUCCACCUCCUGCUCCCACGGCGUCCACCGCGGCUCCCUGACCGACCCGUCCGAUGCCAUCCUGUCCUCCUGCUCCGCCUCUGUCGGGACCUGCGGACCCAAACGGACCGGCCCCACGGCGUACUCCGACUCCCUCACCUCUCUGGACACCUUCACCUUUGACCUGGGCCCAUCCCUCCUGAGCGAGGUGUUCAGCCUGAUCGACGGGCGCCCAGAGGAGCACGCCCCCACGUGGGGAGGAGAGGAGGUGGAGUCGGCAUGCAGGCCUGCCAGCGACGGGUCAGAAAUGGGUUCUGCUACCAUCUCCUACGUGGACUCCCUGCUGAGGGAGGACUGCGGGGCCGAAGCCGAGUGCGAGGAGGAGCGUGCGAGGAGGGGAUUCUCGGGGAAAGCACCGGACGUGUUGCUGGGUUCUCCUGAGCGGGUCCGCAUACGGAUGGAGAGCGAGCGGUUCCAGAGUGCUACCGAUGUUCUGGCACGCCACUACGGCCUCGCAAAGGGACAGAACAAGAUGGAGGCUGGAGGUCCGGAGAAGAAGAUCUACAGCUUCAUGGACGACGAGGAUGAAAUCAAAGUCUGACAGGGAGGAAAUCCGACGGUUAAAUGUCUUUAAUUUUGUGAAUCAUUCCUUUGUAAUCCAAAUCAAGCUUCUUAACGGCUGGCAGGGUCAAACAGAGACACAGAUCCAGGGUUCCCAAUCAUCAGUUCUCCAUUUCUAUAAACCCCCCCGCUCCAAGAACGGCGGAGUAUAUCCGCCGAAGAGAAACGGACAGAAACCAGGAGGAGGCGUGGAAAUCAGAGGCGUGGCGCAGAAAGCAGCUGCCGUCACCUUCAGGGGUAAAAUAAUACUUUAUGUGGAAGUUAGAGAGCCUGCCGUCCGCUCGGUUCCCCUCACGCUUCCUCUUCUGCAACAGGGACACGCUGCGAGCUGCAGAGCCCAAGAGAGGAAGUCUGAGCAAGAUGUGAACCGAACCGCUGCAGACUUUUCACUCAGGACCAAAGUGGAACCGGAGUUAUUAACAAACUCCAUCAGGAAUCUGAACCUGAUCUGAUUUACGCUGCAGGGACGGAGGCCCCUGCAGUCACAAUGCAAACAGACUUUAACCCGUUUUAUGGAGAUUUUAUGCAGAACGGACUUCUGAGGGGAAAUUGGUCACCCUUGAUUUUAUUUAGGGCUGGCAGAGGAAACGAGGGCUGAAAAUAAAUGCAUGCCGCACUUUUCAGUUUCCUCUAUUAAUGCUUGAAGGCCAUUCGUGGGUUUCCUUCCCCUUCAUAACUAACCUGUGUUGGUUAGUUAACAGGAACUUUAAUAAAAGACAGUUUGAGGCCAUGAAGCGCACCAUGAAGCUGCAGACGUCUUACAGAAACACCGUGUGCACCUUCCUUUAUUUCAUUAUGAAGUCCCGUAAUGCCUUCUGCUGAAGAAUAUAUGUUUGUAUACAUACCUGUACGUGAAGAUAUGGCCUGAUAUGUAUUGAUAUGUACUUUACAGUAUGAGCACCUGCAGUGCAUAGUGCAAUUCACGCCCGUAUGCAGAAUCAGUUAUAAAAACAAAAUAUUAUAUGAAUGGACAAUAAAGACAUUUUUAAUUAGA